CUUUAUUCUUUUAUUCUGCGGAAACAAAAACAGGAAAAACAAACAGAAUCUAAAGAAGAUAACGUAGCCCCCCGGGGUCGUGAAGACGCCCGUUAUCAUCACUAUAGAGAUAAACUCUUUAGCAAUGGCCUGAAAAUGUUGGUGAUUCUUAUGUUGCAACAGCAGGACUUCCUUCCCAUUAUUGGUCUACAUCUGUAAUAGAUGAGCCCUAUGGAAGUUCUCGCGGGUCAUGUAGACCUGCAACUGACUUAAAAAGUGCGUCGGUGUCCUAGAAAAUUCAAAACAUUUGGGAGUGAGUAACUAGACACGACGUGAUCAAUGAAAGUUCAGUGGCAUGGGGCUGAGGCCACUGUAGUCAGUAUUACUUGCCUCGGAAGGAGACAGUAAUGAGAGAUGCAGUUCCCCGUGAACUAUGAUUAAACACAUGUCUGUUGGGAGACAAGUGAGUGGUCUAGGGUAGGGUUGUGCAUGCGCCGUUUGGACAAGAUGCAGCGACUUCUACCCGGGAUCUGAAUAAAUUUAGUCCUGAACCUAUGGGGAUAGUCCAGAGUAUUUUAGUGGCUAGGAGCAAAUGUUCAAUUCAUAGCAGGCAAUUGAGGUAGCAGACUCGUCAUUGAUAAUUGUUUUUCUUCUCACUUGAGCCUUCUGCUUCCUAAUGCUCAUAAUGUUCACUCACUCGCUCACUCACGCGCUUACGCUCGGCUUUGUCCCUUGGGUAGGCUUAGUUGGGUUUACUAAUCCAUAGGAACAUGUUCUCUCAUUACUUUCUUCAUUUUCUCUCCGUACUCCCCCUCAACUGGAGCACUCGGUAUGCUUUGUCUUUGUUAGGCACCGGGGAGGAUUACUUUGAACACUCCCCCUAGAAUGUUGCAUCCGUUAAGAGAUUCAUGCUUAGACAGAUCCGAGUACACUCUUCACAUGACCUACAAAUGGCUAUUGAGUGCAAUCUGAAAAAGACAAAUCUGACAAAGCCAAGACUGUAUGGUCCAGAACUUGAAGACUUCCCAGCCUACCACAUCUUCUUCACACCGCCAGCAGUCACCUAUCUGAACCACAAGAACGAAAAACGUCUGAUGGUAGUCAGUGAAAUUGAGAAGUACUGUGACGGAACACUGAAGAUAAUCAAAGAACAGAUUCUAAAGAUGAAGGCAGAGCUAGAGGAAAAUCUUCAAGAGGCAUCGUCUUAUGUUCAAAAGGAACACUCUACAGUAGAGACAAUUUUAAAGGCCAUUGAUGAUCGCCUCGAAAAGAGAAAUACGCUGAGGCAAUAUGAACAUGCACUUGGUAUGAGGAAGCACUACUUCAAGUCUCAGAAGCAAUAAGAGAAUGACACUUGAUCACAAGGGGGGAGAUUGUUGGAGAUAUUUAAUUGUGAAUCAAGUUGGUCAUAGAUUAGCUUUAUAUUUAAUCCUUGUAUUUAAUUAGUGCAUGAAUUAGAUAACAAUCGGGCCAAGUGUUAGGCCCAUAUAAACAGGCUAAAAGCCUUGUACGCCUAACCUAAACCUCGCCUAUAAAAAGGGAGCCGAGGUUUAGGAAUAGGUUAACGUCGUACUUAUUCUUCAUAGCCUUACGCGCAUACUUUUGUGUUGUACGAGUUCACGGUCUAUCAAAGAAGGUUUUACGUUGAUUCAUUCUGUGUUCAUCCUCACGUUUAAUCUUCGUUGUUAGAUCGUUAUUCAUUGCUGUUACAGAAACAGGGACUAACAGAAGAUAUCAAACAGAGAACCAGGAGGGGUUCUGUCAGAGUAAAGGCUAACAGAGACCCUGAGGUCUUCUGUUCUUAAAGCAAAGAACCAAAGGUCCUCUAUUCAACCAAUGCCUUAUUAAGGGUCUUCUGCUCUGGAGGCUUUCUGCUAAAUAGGUCUUCUGCUCUGGAGGCUUUCUGCUAAGUCGAUUAAACUAAAGAAUUUUACAAAGGAAAAUUCUAAUACAUUAAGUCUAAAGAGGGGUACUCUAAUGUCCUAAUCAAUCUAGCAUCAUCAAAAUCUAAUUACAAAUAUUCCUUACAGCCCGGGAACCCCCGGUCCACAGACUCGUACUACUACAAUAAAGGCCCAACAGGCCCAGAAAGCACAACAGGCCCAAAUCACGGCGCCCAAGGUACCAAGCAGCCCACAAUGCACACCAGAGGGUGCCUUCGGCCCCCUGGCCGAAGGCUCUGAACCUCACGGAAGGGCCAAAACAAGAAAACAAAGUUACUGGGAAGAACGGCGAAAAUCAGUAGCCCUCGGCAACUGGAGCCCUCGGCACUAAGGGGGUCCCCGGUACUCAGAGCCCUCGGCUAGUCAUCUACAGCCGAGGGCACCUUUCCCGACAUAAUAUCCGCUCCACAUGCGUAUGGAUCACCGUACCCAGUACAACGUCAUAUCCAACAGCCGCAUUAAAUGCGGCCACAUGCGGUUGCCAGCGCCAACCAGCUGAGGUGACCUCUCGGCCAAUGGACGCCUGACACGUGUCCCUGUCUGGCAUUUAUUGCUACUAUAAAUAGCACCCCAUUUCUCCGUUGUAAACCACGCUGAGAACGCUGAAUACAUAUCGAAUAUACACUCUCUCUCUUACUUAUUUGCUCUGACUUCUCUCUGGUUAUUCUCCGCAAUAACCCCUCGGAUAAGCUACCCCCGGGUACAAUAUCCAUCAAACUGGUUGGCAAUGGCAGUCGCAUGUGGCCGCAUUUAAUGCGGCUGUUGGAUGUGACGUCGUACUUGGUACGGUGAUUCAGGCGCAUGUGGAGAGGAUAUUCUGUCGAGAAAGGUGCCAUCGGCUGCAGAUGAUUAGCCAAGGGCCCUAAGUGUCGAGGGCUACUCAUUUUCGUCGUUUUCUCCCAGUAACUUUGUUUGCUUGAGUUGGCCAUCCUAUGAGAAUUUGGAGCCUUCGGCCAGGGGGGCGAAGGCACCCCCAGUGUGCCACGUGGGUUGCUCAAUACAUGGGGCGCUGUGAUUUGGGCCUGCCGUGCUUCCUGGGCCUAUUGGGCCUCCCUUAGAAUAGUAGGAGUCUAUGGGCCGGGGGUUCCUGGGCCAUCUACUCCAUCAGGAGUCCCUCAUUUCUUUUGUCGAAAGGUACUUGAGGGAAAAGGAGUAAUUUGUGUUUGUCCUUUGGUGUUGUUCCGUUGUAGUUUGUAAAGUUUGUGAGUAGUUCGAUGUGUACAUGUUUCAGCCGAGGGCAGUCCCUCAGUUACUCACAUUCCGGGACUUGAGGGAUCAUGCUUGUCGUUGUGGGAGUUUUUGACAUUUUUUUUUGUUUUUUGAGGUUUUUCCCGAAGGGGUCCUCCAGCCCCCCUUCCUUGAGGCACUUGCAAAGUGGUGAAAAGGAGUAGAGUAGAGCCUGCCUGCAAUAUGAAGCCGAGGGGUGACGCUUUUCAUUUCAUUUUGGGGGGAUGCCUCGUUAAAAACCUCAUUGGAAAAAACCCUGUGGGAAAAAAUUCCAAUGAGGGAAAAAGAGUGCACCGAAUUCCCCCAAUGAUGAGUCGGAAAGGUCAAACCUUGGUCUGAAAUGAGUAGCAGUAUUCUUGCCGGAGGUUGUCCUUGUCUGAGGGCGCGUGUAUUGCUUUGCCGAAGGGGAGCUUGUUGAUAUUGUAACACCCCCAAAUUUCCCACCCAAAACGUUGAUAUAAUUGAAAUAAAACUUUUAUUUAUUGAUAAUGAAAAUUUAAAGAAAGUACAGCGGAAGGCUUAAUAAGGGAAAUGGGUGUUACCGCCACAUCCGGUCAUCUCUCAACCGGAUGCACAGGCAACUAAAACAUAACAACUAAUUUAAUAAAAAUAAAGUGUUUAUAAAGUAAAUGUUUAUUUCAUGACUAGUAUAACUAAGGCGACUUCUAAUUCGCUCUCGGGCCAUGCAAGCCGUCAUCAAUCGACAAAAUCAAUCCUCACCUGCACAAAUAAAGUGCAGAAACAAACAAGGAAAAGAAAACAAAAAUUAGCUUUAGAGCUAAGUAAGUACUACCCAACCCCGUAAAAUAAUCAUGUUUGACUAAAAUAGAUUUUUAUAUAAUAAUAUAUAAAAAUACUCACACCAUCAAAAUUCUUUUCACUUUGAUUUUUAUCAAGACUACUUCUUUACAACAAUCCUCAACUUCUCUAUAAAACUUCAUAAUAACUCUUCUCUUUGAUUUCCUCAAAAAUCACUUCUUCUCUAACUUCCUAGUAAUUUAGAAGGGCGGUGCUCAACCUUUCGGUAGAGCCCGGUGGACCGUGGUUACGGACGGCCACCCCGAACAAGUGCCGGUACCACAACUGCUCUGUUGGAAACGAAACGACUACCUUAAGUGUGCACACCCCCUAAAAGGGAUUCCAAGCCCUCCGAGUAGUGAGUCGUAACGAGUAGUCGGGACUCAGUCUACCAACUACCCUUGAAUAAGAUAUUUUGAAUGAUUAGGGAUUACUACUACCAUAACUUCUUCUUAAAAGGGAUCAUCGAUCCAAAUAUCACUUUAAACUCAAACUGUACUUCUUAGUAGUAGCAAACCUAAUCACCCUCCACAUUUAUCCGGGCGUGGAAAACCGACACCUCGGAUUACUCCCGAGAUGCUCACUUCUUAUAAAAAUGUAAAUUUUAUCUUCGCUUAACAACACUUCAAAAAUACUUCUUAAUUUCUCUAAAAAGUCUUGAAGGUAUUUAAAAAUAUUUAAUACCCCAAAAGUACUUAAUUUAUAUUUCUCAACAACCAUAUAUAUAAUAUAUCUUCACAAUUCUCAUACACAAAAUUCAACAAUUCACACUUAUUCACAUAAUGCAUAAUAAGCAUAUAAUACGAGGAAACAAUUUUAGAUUGACAGAGAAACUUACCUCGAACCGCGUUAAGUCGUAACUGAAUCCUUUCAAUAUUCACCAAAAUCACCUUCUACGAAUAUUAAAAUUCUUUAAUUAAUACUAAUACCCAAGUAUAGUUUGAUUAUCCAAUUAGUGUUAUUAACAGUAUUGUUAUUAACUUAUUACUAAUUAUUGAUAUAAAACUUCGGAUAGCCACAUUGGAAGUAAGCAGCCCAAUAUAGCCUUAUUCCAUAGACAAACUUUUAAUUAAAUUUCCGGCCCAACAAGCUAAACGUAUUACGGAGUAUGAGUACGUACAUGGAAGAUUCAUCUUCGAUCUUCAGUACUCACCAGUACCCGUGACGAAGAGUAGCAGGUUGGUAACGUAGCUCCGUCUUUGGCUGCAACCGUUCAGCGGCGUUUUCCCCUCUGGUGGCGUCCCCGGCAGAUAUAGCGGUGGCAACGGUUCGACGGCUCAUCUUCAUCUUCUCCGGUGACUACACAGUCCAGCGAUGCUGCGGCGAUCCGGCGGUCAAUGGUUAUCGUCUGUUCUUCCUCUUUUCCGGUGCAGGCCUGUACGCAGAUGCUCUUCAGUGAAAAUCAACCGGUGUGGUGCAAACAGCAGUCCAGGAGGCUCCUAUCUCCGGCGACCCCUUUGGCGUGAAUAACUAACCCGAUACAGCAGCUCUACAACUCCAACAAUGAUCCCCAUCUUCAUCUCUUCUGACAGGCAAAGGCGUUGAUGUUGUUUCCUCCUUCCUUGUCGAUAUCAUCCACGGUCUACUUGUCCAGUGUCGGAUUAACAGGAGUUUGCCCGCAGCCCUCCUUCGUUUCCUGAUGACGCAGGCUUCGAAUAUAGUCCCGUUUUCCUCUUGUUUGUUUCAGCAGAACGAGAUGUAUAUAUAAGCGUAUAUAUGCGCAGGUUUCGUUUCUUCAAAGGUUUAAUUUGGUGCACAGUCUUGGACGGCAGCGGCGUGUGUAAAUGCUAACCGGCGACUCCACAUGCACGGUCCAGCCUCCUGACGACGAUAGGGUCCUCUUCUCCGACGGUUUCAGUCGGUCUUCUCCGGUGAGCCGUUGUGUUGGGCGGCGGUAACAAAUCGGAUUCGGUGACUCCGACUCGCGUUCUUCUCUUUUUUUUUUCUUUUCGCAAUAUAUGUAUGUAUAUAUGAGGUACUCCAUAGUCCGUAUAUAGUUAUGUGUGCAUCUGUUCUCUUCUGCGGCGGACAUGAACGAUGUAUAUAUAUACGACAAAUACAUGAUUCCAGGCCUAGGGUUUCAGGAACAAUAACCGUUUCGGCCAUUUUCCUUUCUUUUUAAUACUUGAGCAUACGUAGUAGCCGUCAUACGUUUAACUUAGUACGCAUCUCUUUGCCAUUUACAAAUGCUUCGCGUGUUGGCCGGCCGUUUUAGUUGCUCGUUACUAUACUAGCCAUCUUAAUUAUGCAUAAAUUCAUGCAUGUACGUUAGUACGUUACUCGUACGUAUUAGGUAUGUAUGUAUGUAAUACAUGUAUGUAUGAUAUGAAUGUAAUAUGUAUGUUAAUAUUUUUAUGUUUACGUAGUAUGAUAUAUGUAUGUGAGUGAUGUGCAUGUUUCUAUAAAUGUGAAUAAGUAUAUGUAUGUAUGCGUACUUAGGAGUAUUAUAAAUUUUAAAAAGCCAACCCUUGUAUAGAUGUUUAAAUAUUAUUAUUGAAUAAUAUUUUUCUUGGAGUAAUCUUUGUUAAAAUGUUACUUUUGAUAUUUGACAUAUGUGUAACGAUUGUUGUUACAAAAAUUGUCACUUUCAUAAUUAUCAUAAAAAUGUUACUUCCAUCAAUGAAGUAUUUUUAUUUGACUAAAACGUCAUAAAUUUUGAAGUUUUUGUCUCAUCCCUUGAUUAUUAAAAUCUUAUUUUUGUAAUAUUCUAUCUCACUCAUAAAAUUAUUUUGAAUUUUUGGAGUGUCACAGAUAUCCUAGGAGAUGCCGAAGGGGAGCCCUCAGUUCGUUGGAAUGAGGGUGUGGUGACUGUAGGUGAUAUUUCCUGUGUUGUCGAGGGGUCCCUGUAUGUUGAUAAGUUGAGGGCCGCGGUACCCCGAGGGGUUUCCUUGUUGCGUAGCCGGGGGUAACUGUUGAUGAUGGUGUGCUCCCAGGGGGUUACGUGGUCCUCAAUGUGUUUGAUGGUUGAGUGUUCCCGAGGGGUCUGCCCGUUGUGAAGCUGUGGGCCUCUGAAGGAGUGAGCCCGAAGGCAUUUGUGAUGUAGUAUGAGGGGCACAAGCCGAGAGCACCUCUGGGUAAGUGUACCCGGGAGCUCCUCUUGAUGAAGUGGAGUGAAGGAGAAAGCUCGGGGGCUAGUUUUUUGUUUGAUGAAGGAGUGGUCUGCCGAGGGCGCGGUCUUGGUUCCCAGAAUAUAGCCGUUGUAAUAGAGCCGUUGGAAUAUGUAACGCCGGAGAUAUAGCCGUUGGAGGGGGGCCUCCACGUGGCGUUCGUUCAUUGGCUGCUUGUGGGCGGGCAUCACCGAUUGGGCAAUUCGACGGUUCGUAAUGAUGGCUUUUCAACCGGAGGCCCGGUUUCCGGCCCAAGCCCAGAUUUGCGGUGCCUAUAAAUACCCAAGGCCAAAGGACUUCUUCCCUGUGCGAUCAUUGUUGUUAGCGAAGCUCUGGCCAUUUGAUUUCUAGAGAGAGAAACACCUGCCCUCGAUCCAAUUCUUGUUCCAAGGUCAGUUCCCCACUCGUUCUUCACCUUCUUAGUUAGCUGUUCUUUGUGGCCUUAGAUUAGGGGUUGUAGCUUAGAGCCUUUAGUACCUCCCUCCGAACCCUCGGUUUAGUUUAAACAAUGUCUUCACAAAGCGAUUCCCAAGACAUCUCGAGGGAGCUCUCGAUGGAGGAGGAGAGCUUCUCAGACGUGGAGUCCACGAGCGAGCAACCCUCGGCCGAGGAGGAUGCCGCACUGGCCAUAUUGGUACAGAAGGACCUUGUGGCUGAAGUCGAAGUUGAGGACUUCGAGCAGGUGAUCGAAGACGAGGAGAUGGCCCUCGUCGUUCAAGUUGCAGAGGAGGAGGAGCACAAGGAGAGUAUGAAGGUCACCAUCUCCGUGCCCCCCCCCCCCCCCUCGUGGUGCUGGUGAAGCAGGGAGCUCUCGGCCUCUUAACCCGACACCUCUAAGGGUGGCCCCCGGGAACAAGAAGGAGAAGACGAAGGCUGCUCCCAAGAAGAAGGGCAGGGCUGCUGAUCAAGGAAGGCCCAUUGAUAUGCCCGAGGGGUACUCUUGGUUGAAUACCGCUGCCCUCGAGAUAGGAUCGAAGGCUGACAGGGAAGAUCUUUUCGUCACUCAGUUGCAUGUGGGGCCUUCGGCCGUAGUGGUGGCACCGGGUCCUGAUGAUGUGCUCUCCCGGGCUCCCGAGGGUUGCAUCGCCGUCCACAUUAUGUCUGUAUCAAUGGGUCUCCGGUUCCCCCUGCAUCCAUUCCGUCGGGAAUACCUUAGGUACGUGGGUUUGGUCCCUUGCCAAUUGACGCCCAAUAGCCACUCAUACGUGGCGGGCUUUCUGAACCUUUGCCGGUCCCGAGGGGUGACCCCCAUCCUGGAUUUGUUCUUCCAGAGUUUCAACCUCUGCCGGGGGGUCACGCGAAUGCCGAGGGCUUCGCGAACCUGCAGCAGAUAGCCAGGUGGAAGCUGUUUACCGAGACGCCUUCAUCAAAUAAAGGGUGGAAGGAGCGAUUGUGUUACGUCAGAGUGGACGAGAGCCCCUUCCCGAGGGAGCUCCGGGAUCGUUUCCAACGGCAUCCGAAGGUCGGAAAUGCUGCUCUCGAGGAGGAUGGUUUGAUCAUAGCCAAGAUCCUGGAGGGUCGCACGAAGAAUGUGUCUAUCAAAGAUUACACCCUCGAUAAAGAUCUUUACGCCCUCGGCUUCCGUAGAUUUCACUUCCUUGGUGAGACGGACGAGAAUUACCCUGAGUUGGACAAAGCCUUCGAGGGAGCAGGAGGUAGUAGCCGAGGGCUUCCCAAUUUGUACUUAGGAUUUUUUCCUUCUUUUUUUUCUUUGUUUGUUCACGCUUUUUACCCCCCGGUCUAACUGUUUUUUGUCAUUUGCAGGCGCGAACAUAGACGCUAGGAAACUUUUUUCUCUGAAGAAGAAAAAUGGCAAGGCCCAAGCUCAGAAGAAGGACCCUUCGUCCCAACAGCCCGUUGAGGCCUUUUUCCAGAAGGAGACACCGGAGCCCUCCGCUGCGGCUACCGUUGCUGGUGUGGCUGAGGGGGCCUCAAAGAAGAAGAAAGGCAGUAAGGCGGUAGAGCCCCCUGCUAAGAAGCAGAGGGGUCCCGGGGAUGUUGCUGACCAGGCGGCCCCCUUGGUGAUCAUAGAGGAUCGCCCCUCUCCCGAGCCCCCGGUUGGCACUGCGGCGACAGCUCGGACUGACCUUCCCCCGGGAGGCUUCCCCCGGGAGAUUUUGCAACUCUCCCUGGCUCCGGGGGCUUCCGUGAUGCACGGCUCGGCAGAACCGAAGGCCUUCCUGAGGGGGAUCACUUCGGUGAUGGACAAGGCGGUCCUCUCGACUUAUGACGACGAGGCCCUCGAGAGCAAGAUCUUCCGCUCUUCACUAACUGCUUGCAUAGCCCUCGGGGAGCAUGCACAAAGGCUCGAGCAGUGGCGCCUCCAGAAGGCGGAGCAGGAUCGAAAGAUGAAGGAGCUCGUCCUCAAGAACUCCGAUGCUGUGAAGCAGAUGGCUCUGCUGGAGGAGGACCUCCGGAAGGCCACCGAGGGGGCUGAACAGAGGAAUAAGGCUGCCGUGGAGGAGGCCAGACUCAAAGCCGAGAGGGUUGCCGCCGAGGCCUCCAAGAAAGCUGCUGAGGAGGCAGAGUCCGCCAAGGCCGAAGCCAUCGCCAAUGCCCGAGAGGAUGUUGUCGCUGCGUUCAUGGCCGAGGGCUGGAAGACCGAGGAGCGGCAGCAGUGGGUGGCCUCGGUUGUCGAGUCUUCGGUAGAUAGCUGGGUGAAGGGCCCCAGGGCCGACUGGAUGGCGGAAAGGGGCGACAGCUACUAUCAAGGGGGUGAAUUCUUCACCCAGCAUCUGGUGUACCGGAGGCUUGCUAGGCAUUUCAACGUCUGCCUCGAGGAAUUUGACCCCUCGGCGUAUGGCCUUCUCCUCUGCAACCGGAUGUAAGAAACCCCCUCCCCCAGGAGAAGAGAGGUCGGUGAUCCAUGACUCCAUGAUGAUGGGGGGAUCCGGCGAUGGUGAUGCCGAUGUUGCUGCCGGGGAAGAGGUCACCUCGAAGCCUGCUGAGGAAGCAAAGGCUGAGUGAAAUUGUACUUAGUAAUUUUUAAAAGAACAGGCUUUGUAAUGAACAUUUGUUUGCUUCCGGCCUCGGCCAUCCUGUAAUAGACAUUUCAACUUUUCCUUCCUCUUGAUGAAUGAAUGUCUGCCUUCGGGCUUUUGUACAUAAUUCGUUUUCCUUUGAAUGUGUGCUUUCGUUUUUCUUUGAAUGUAUGUCCUCGUUUUACUUUGAAUGUAUGCCCUUGUUUUUCUUUGAAUGAAUGCCUUCUAAUACGCCUCGUGAAUAAAUGCCCUCGUACCUUGAUGCUUAGAUUGUCAAUUGUUAGGGACUUAGAAAAAAUUUCUUACUGUUGUCCUCCCACCAGGCCUUCGGUUGUGUGGCCCCUCGGGCUGCAUGGGUGCUUGACCGAGGGCGAAAUAUUUAGGACUUAGAAAUUUUUUCCAAGUGUAGUUUCCCCCAGCCUUCGACCGUGUGGCCCCUCUGGCUGCAUGGAGAUUUGACCGAGGGUCGAAAAUAUUUAGGACUUAGAAAAUUUUUCCAAGUGUAGUUGUAUGGGAUAGGAGCCUUCGGGUGAAUGUGAGAGCCUUGUCGUAGGUGUGCCUUCGGUUGACCGGUGACUCAACAGGGGGCAAAGUAUUUAGGACUUAGAAAAUUUUUCUAAGUGUUUGAAUAUCAUCUGGCCUUCGGUAUGUGGGCAUUUCUUGCUGCAUGAAGUGGGGUGACCCUCGUUGCAAUGUGAGUUUGCCGAGGGCCACACGCUUUAUGACUUAGAAGUUUUUUCUAAGUAUUUCCUGUUGCUGGCCUUCGGUGCAGGGACCCUUCGGCUGCCUACUCUGUGGGCCUAGAACAAUUUCCUUUGUCUCGCAAGGUUGGCCUGUGGCAACAAAAGCCUUCGGCUGUUGUCAUGUCUCCACAGUGUUGACUUAGGAAAUUUUGUAGUUCAAAUGCAGCAUAAAAAGACAGGCUCCCUCGGACAAUGCCUGGGUGUAUCCCCCCAGCGUCUAGUGAGGUGCCGGAGGUGAAUCUCGCUUGGAUAUGGCCAACAUAUGAUAGCAUUUGUUGUAUAGUAGCCUUUAGGGACGUUUCUGAAUUGUUGUUGAGUGAGCCUAUCACGUUCUGUAGGAUUUGAGCCUUCGGUUUUGAUGUAGCCGGAGGCAAUCAAAAAGUGGACUUAGCCAUUUGUUGAUGAUGUUUGUUGAAUAGUAUCUUUGGUAAUUAGGAGCUUCCUGGUACCGAAGGUGUUCCCGUGGGGAGCCCUCGGUAUGUUCCCGUGAAUUGUUGGAGUGGUGUACUCAUUGAUUUCUCGCUGAGUCUACUCACCUUCACUCCCUCGUUUUUUUUUUGUGGUGAAGGGAAGGCUUCAAGAAACUUGGUUUCUUGGUAAGCCUUGGCCUAUCGGGAGGUAAUAGAAUACACCAUUAGCUCCCCCCUCGGGUUAACCUUCCGAGUUCCGAGGGGAUCGAGGGUCGUUUCCUGGGCUCAAGACAUGGUCUGUAGCCUGCCUCCCCUUGGGAGAUGGCACGGAAAGCGCCUCAGUUUUGAAAGUCGUCCCCUCGGCGCCAGACAUAGUCUGUGGCCUGCCAUACCCUUGGGGUAGUGGUGCGGGGAGCGUUUCGAUUUGGAAGUCGAAUCCUGGGCAUAUUAGAUGCCUGCCGAUCCCUGGGGGAAAUGGCGCGGAAAACGUUCCGUUUUUGAAAGUCGAAUCCUGGGCAUAUUACUUCCCUAUCAUACCCUUGGGGUAGUGAAGCGGAAAGCGUUUCAGGGAAGGGUUUUCAUUUGCACACUGGUUGCAAAUGGCCGGGGGCACUACGUGCUACCGGCACCGAUAGGUGGCGCCUUUGGUAUAUGCGUCCUCGAGGGGUACGACUUUAGAAACAACACUCGGUGUUUGUUCCGGUAUACAGCCCUCGGCACUUGGUACCGAGGGGUCUUCUGUAAACAUUUGGUGUUUUUCUUCAUUUGACGUAGCUGAUUGGGGUGUCUACCCUCGGCACUUGGUACCGAAGGGUCUUCAAAGGAAACACUUGGUGUUUUCUUCCGUUUGUUGAAAGUUGAUAAUAGUGUAUGCCCCCGGCACUUGGUGCUGAGGGCUCUUCCUUUUGAUAAGGCCUUGGGCCAGGGACUGAUAUGCGGGCUUGGCCGCUCAUAAGAGUCUCGUUCCAUGUUCUUGGUGUCUUCAAUAUGUCUUCAUUCUUCAAAAAUUGGAGGCCUUGGGUCGUUAAAUAAUACAUUCACUAGUCAUGAGGGCUUGGCCGCUCUAAUGUUAUUGAUAAAAUUUAACUAAGUGAUAUACAUUCCAGUGUCUAGGGACCUCGGUCCCAUUAGGGCCUUUGAGUUUGUAAGUUCCAAGCUUGAUGAUAGUUGUCACUAUGUAAGGGCCCUCAAAUUUGGGCACCAUUUUGCCUCCCUCGGUUGGUUGGCUAGCUUCCCUCCUUCGUAGGACAUAGUCCCCCACUUGGAAUUCCCGGGAGCGGACUUUGGCGUCAAUGUAACUCUUUACUUGCCUUCGAUAGUUUUCCGCGCGUAUGAAGGCCUGCUCUCGGCGUUCUGAAAUAAGGUGAAGGUCGAGGGCCAUAUUGGCAUCGUUGACCUCGGGAUCAUAUUGUGUGACCCUUCGGGUCGGAAGAGUUACCUCAGUGGGGGCCUUAGCUUCAAUUCUGUAGCAAAAGGAGAAGGGUGUCUCGCCCGUUGCUCGCCGAGGGGUGGUGCGGUAGGCCCAUAAGAUGUUGUGGAGCUCUUCUACCCAACCACCCCCUUCGGCCUCCAGUUUCUUCUUUAGGCCCUCGAGCAAGGUCCUGUUGGCGUUUUCCAGUUGACCGUUGCCUUGAGGGUAGGCAACGGAUGAGAAGGUGUGUUUGAUGCCCCAUGCCUCUAGGAGGGCACAGAAGGGGGCUGCCUCAAACUGAGUCUCGUUGUUGGAGAUGAUUUGUUGGGGGACGCCAAACCUUGUGAGGAUGUUCUUGAGAACAAAAUGGCGGCACCUAGCCUCGGUGAUGCUGGCGAGGGGCUCAGCUUCCACCCAUUUGGUGAAAUAGUCGAUGGCGACAAUGAUGUACCUGUUGAUGGAGGUACCCCUCGGCAGAGGGCCCACAAGGUCUAUACCCUAUCGAGCGAAGGGUAUGGAUGUGCUGAUGGGGGCAUAGUUGACCGUUGGCCUGCCGGGGGCUUUCUGGAAGUGUUGGCAUGCGGUACACCUUCGGGCGAGAUCCACACAAUCCCGGGCCAUUGUAGGCCAAAAGUAGCCCUGGAUCAUGAGCCUUCGGGCCAUGGAGUAGGGUCCCUGGUGAGCUGAACAAGUGCCGUUGUGUGAUCGGGCUAAACUUGCAAGUGUACAAGUGCCGAUAUAGUAAUAAAUUCCGGUAAAAUACCGGGUCGAAUCCACAAGGAAACGUUGUUUAAAUCAAGUCCGAGAGUAGAUAACUUUAAAUGAAGAAUUGAAUAAAGAGCAGGGAUUUUGAUUUAUGUUUUAUGUUUUUGGUUUUCACUUUUUUCUUAAGAAGAUAAUCGUUAACUAAUUUUAAGUUUAAGAUGAAUGAUAACAACAACUAAGGCUUCGGGAAUCACUUAAAUGCUUUAAUAGGGUUGAAUAUUAGUUCUUUGCCAAUAAUUAUGAAUACGAUGUCGCUAAUAUAUUCUGAUCUCCGGUUAAGGCAGCGAGAGCGUGGUUUUCGUUACGUGUAAGUCCCGUUACGGCUUACAUUCAUCUACCGAAAACCCCGUUGAAUAUCAAGACAUCACACCCGUAUCAUAUAAGACCGGAUAUAUUUCUAUUCUCGGUACUAUAUAUGUUUAUCCUUUAAUGUUCAUAGUUUAGACCUCAACGUUAAUUGCAAGUAUAAACUAAAUUUAACAUACUUCUAUGUUGUACACCAUAGUCAUAAACAAUCAAUAUAUAAAGGAUAAAUCACAAUUUAUUGGUUUAGAACUUUUAUCAAACACCUAGUUGGCAUAGAAGUUCAUCCCUAGCCUUAGCUAAGAAAUUAGCCUCUAAUGCUCAUAUUAAUCACAAUACAAUAAUAAAUGUAAUGGAACAUGAAAUUACAAACGAAAUAAUACCUAAACACCAAUGAUUUCGGAGGAUGAACUUCCCUCCUCAAGAACUUGAAGAAAAUACCAAGAACAAAAAUAUAAAAGCUAAGAAUUAAUCUAUGGAAUGGAAUGAAUUUGUAUGAUGAAUUGAGGGCUUUAUAUAGGGUAAAGAAUGUCAUCUUUUAGUCUAUUCAAGCCCAACAAACAGGUGUGGAGGAGAUAUCUGAUCAAAUAUGAAGAAGAUGAAGUUUCCCAUCAAGAAAUCUUUUGCAUGUAGCUGUGUUUGUAGCAGAAAUCGGAACAACCGGCGCCGGUUAUGGGGUGUCCGGCGCCGGUCGUGUGCAAAAAUGCACCGGUCGCUCCGCGCCGGUUGGAAAAAGGCCGCUUUUGGGAAAAAAAACCAAACGACUGGCGCCGGUUCCUGCGCCCAAAUUUGUACUUAGCUUCUUUUUCUCUUUUGAUGCCCGAAAUUUAUCCAGAAGUGCCAGUUUUCGACCCCUUUUGGCUUUUGACCCUAUUUUUGCUGUUCCAAGCCGCAUUGCAUGUUUCCGCUCAUUCGGGAAUAUUUACCUGUUUUUGCUUUAAUUCUUGUACAGAUAAUUAUAAUCACUUAUGUAAAACAUAAGUAAUUAUUGUGCUUAUCACUGUGCACUUCCUCCAUUGCAACUUUGGCUUCAUCUUGAUGAAGGCACCGAAGUAAUGUCCCGUUGUACGAUCUUUUAUAAAGCCUUCCGUCUUCGAUAGCGUAGCUGGGAGCCCUCAGCUUUGCUAGCUUGGCACGGGCUUCAUCCUUGGGCAGUUGCCCCGUGGUGAUGAAGGCGACAAUGUCUGAAACCCAGUCCUCUUGCCUUUGUUGUAUGUGCAUGACGGGGCUAGCAUGUAUGCUGGAGAGGCUGAGCUCCUCGAUUUUGGCGAUUUUUGAGAUAUGUUCAGGGGAGUCGGCCGAGAGCUUCGAUAAAAUGUCGGCCUCAGAGUUUUGAGCCCUCGGUAUUUGAGUGAAGGAGUGUGCCUCAAAUACCUUAAGCAACUCCUUGGCCGCUUCUUUGUACUGCUUCAUUCUCCCUUCCUUGGCUUCGUACUCCCCGGAAAUUUGGCCGACAACUAACUUGGAGUCGCACUUGAGGUGGAUCUGUCGGGCCUUCAUGUUAGCUGCCAGCCGAAGACCACAGAGGAGGGCCUCGUAUUCGGCUUCAUUGUUGGAGACUUUGAAGGAGAAGCGGACAACGUAAUAGGCCCGGAAGCCUUCGGGUGAGAUGAGAACCACCCCUCCUCCACAUGCUUUGACAACGGAGGAGCCGUCGGUGUAGAGGGUCCACCAAUCGUCCGAGGGGGCCGAGGGCUCCUCAUCCGUGGCUGAUCUUGUCGUGCACUCCGUCACGAAAUCCGCUAGGGCUUGGCCCUUGAUGGCGGGCCUAGGACAUAUGUCGAUGUUGUAUUGGCUCAGGAAGACAGACCAUUUUACCAUACGGGAGGAGCUGGUAGGGCUCGUCAUCAGAGCGCCGAGGGGUUGUUGAGUGAGGACCUGGACCGGGUGAGCUUGGAACUUGGAAGUAAUGGUCCAACUUCUUGACAGUCCAAACGAUAGCCAAUACCGUUUUCUCCACAGGGGAAUAUCGGAGUUCUGCUUCCCUGAGGGUCUUGCUAACAUAGAAGAUGGCAUGUUGGAUGCCAUCCUCUUCCCGGAUGAGUACUGAGUUGAUGGCUGUCGGGCUGACACCCAGGUAAAGGUAUAGGGUCUCCCCCACCUUGGGUUUAGAGAGCACAGGGGGUGAAGAUAAGUACUGUUUCAGUUCCUCGAAGGCCCCCUGACACUCUGAAGUCCACUGGAAACCGGCGGUCUUUCUCAUGAUCUGGAAGAAGGGUAAGGACUUCUCCGCCGAUUUUGAUAGGAAGUGAUUGAGGGCUGCCAGGCGGCCCGUCAACCGUUGGACCUCCUUCACGUUGCGUGGGGGUUCCAUGUUGAUGAUGGCCUGGAUCUUCUCGGGGUUGGCCUCGAUACCCCUUCGGCUCACCAUGUAGCCUAAGAAUUUGCCCCUUUGUACGCCGAAGGUGCACUUCUUCGGGUUCAGCCGAAGGUUGAACUUCUGCAUGAUGGCGAAGAUUUCCCUUAGGUCGCCAGCAUGGCUUGCUGAUUGCUUGCUUUUGACGAUCAUGUCGUCAACAUACGCCUCCAUGGUACGCCCUAGGACAGCUUGAAAGACCCUGGCCACCAUCCGGGUGUAGGUGGCAGCUGAGUUCUUUAGGCCGAAGGCCAUGACAAGGUAGCAGAAGAUGCCUUCGGGAGUCAUGAAGGCUGUUUUUUCAGCAUCUUCCUCAUGCAUAAAGAUUUGAUGAUACCCGCGGAAUGCGUCGAGGAAUGACAUGAUUUCACACCCCGCGGUCUCAUCUACAAGUUGAUCAAUAUUCGGCAAAGGAAAGGGGUCCAUGGGACACGCCUUGUUGAGAUCUGUGUAGUCCACGCACAUGCGGAAUGAGGGCGGUUUUUAUGCGAGGACUACGUUCGCCAGGCAUGAGGGGUAUUUUACCUCCUUGAUGUGUUUGAUAGAGAUGAGCAUGGCAACCUCCUUCUUCACAAAUUCCCUCCUCUCGGGCGAGAGGGGUCUCCUCCAUUGUUGUACUGGUUUAGCCGAAGGGUCCACCGAGAGGCGGUGGGUGAUGACCAUUCGGCUGAUCCCCAGCAUGUCCUCCGGACCCCAUGCAAAAACAAUGGAAUAGGCACGGAGGGCGCUGAUGAUGUCGGUCUUCAAGUCUUUGGGGAGCUGGGCUCCAAUCUUCACAACUCUCUCCGGUUUGGCCGGAUCGAGCGCAAAGUCUUCUACGUCCUUGGCCGGUUCAGCCCUCGGCCUCUUCUCCUCCUCUUUAAUAGCCCCGGUGAUGGUGUUAAUACGGAACUCGAUUUUGCUAACCUUCUUUGUCACCUGGAGAUAGCAAGUGCGGGCAAGUUUCUGAUUUUCCCUUGAGUAGCCAAUACCCCCUUUGGCUGGGAACUUGAGGCAGAGGUGCCUCAUGGAGAUGAUGGCUUCGAGAUCCUUGAGGGCUAGCCGGCCGAGGAUGAUGUUGUGGGCGCAAUCAAUGUUGACGACGACGAACUCCACUUCGAGCUUGGCUCUUUGGAGCCCGUCGCCGAAUAGUACCGGGAGGGUUAUGACCCCCUCGGAAUCGAUGGUAUCACCGGUGAAACCGGUAAGAGGGGUCUUGAUGGGCCGAAGGGGCCCCCUUUCCAGGUGCAGCUCUCUGAAGGUGUUGAGAUACAUUACAUUGACAGAACUGCCCGUGUCUACGUAAGUUCUGUGGAUGAUAGUGUCGUUGAUCUCCGUGCGGAUGACGAGGGCAUCCCUGUGCGGAGAGGACAUCGGGGGGAGGUCGGCGUUAGUGAUGGUGAUGGGUUCCUCCCUCAGCCGCUUUACCAGGGGCAUAUGAGUGACUUCCCCCACGUAUUUCGUUGACUGGUAGAGUCGCCCCCGGUAUUGCCCCAGUGAUCAUGAGGAUGUGGCGCUUCUUUUCUUGGUACCGAGGGUAUUCUUCCUCCUCAUCUUCCAGGUUCCCAAUAUCCCUCUUCUUGCUGAGGGGGAUGGUGUUGGGGUUGACCCACGCGUUUGCUUUCGCAGGGUGCCCUCGAGGUGGCCCUUGGUAAGGGGGACCCUGCUGCUGAGGGCCUUGGACAAAUUGGGACAGAUGGCCCGCCUGUAUUAACCUCUCGAUGGUUGUCUUCAGCUGAUGGCAGUCAUCGGUUUUGUGCCCCUGAUGCCGAUGGAAGCGACAGUAGGGGUAGUUCGGAUUGAUGGCAUAUACCUCCGGGGGUGCGUGAGAAUCUCGCUCCACUAAGCCCGUCUCCUCAGCGAAGUCGACGAUGACGCUGACGGGGUGCGUCAAAGGUGUCUGAGGGUGCUCCAGGAGAAUAGGUUGUGCCCAAGCCCUCUGGGUCCCCUUGUAACCUCCCCCGGGCUUGGCUUGGCCGUGCCGGGGGCGGUCACCGGGGGGUGCCGAAUCCUUGGGUUGACUACGGGGAGCCCCCGACCCCCGUUUGCCUUUGUCGUCUGGCCGAGGGCGUUGCUGAUCGGGGUUGUGAUGGCAUUUUUCCACCUCCUCAGCUUCGGCGUACCUGUCCCCCGCUGUAGGGCCCUUAUAUAAUCGCGGGGGGGGUUCGAUGAUGAGGCUCCUUGAGAAGUUUCCGGGGCGGAGUACUGUUUGGAGGGGGGCCAGGAGGGUCCCGUCAUCUGCGCCAUCAAAUUUAUCAGCCUCCGUUCUCCAGCGCUCCAAGAAGCCCCGAAGGGUCUCCUCUUUCCUUUGCCUCACUGUCAGCAAGUGGGAGAACUGUUUUCGUGUGCGGCGCCUUCCCGCAAAUUGUGUCAAGAAUCACUGGGCGAGUUCUUGCCAUGAGUCGAUGCAGCCUUCGGGCAAUCGAUUGAACCAUUCGUAAGUCGGCCCCUCUAAGGUGGAGAGGAACCAACGGCACAAAUAUUCAUUCGAUGCCCCUACCAUCAUCAUACUGUUUUGGUACCUGCUGUAGUGCUCCUGGGGGUCAGUUUUCCCGUCGUAAGGCUUGAUGAGUUGCCCUCGGUAUUUUUCCGGGAUCCGGGCCGCCAAUACCUUUGGGGUAAAUGGCGUCCGGGUCCGGAGUUGUAUGGUGGGUUCCCCGGAGCCCUCGGUUAUCUUCUUCUGCAUUUCCUCCAUCUUGGCCAACAUGGCAUCAUACUUUAGGUCUGCAUGGGGGGCAGAAGUGGUGGCGUGUGCUUUGGUGGCCUCCAUCUCGUCAAGUCGGCGCUGGAGGGCCGCAAUGAUCUCGUCCCAGGGGUCCUUCGGGAGGGCCUCCGCCCCCUGCGAACGGACACGGGCCGAGUGGGCCUGGUUGAUUUGGUGACGGGCGUCGUCGGCAUGGAGAGGUGCCUUGCCAUUGUCCUGAGGGGGACAUCUUUCAUUAGCCCUGGAGACGGAUCCGCCACUUUCCUGAGGCCUCUGGAGCACCUUCCCCCCGAGGUGGUCUUGGACCUCUCGGCGGUCUAGCGCCCCUCCGAGUCUCUUGAGGGCGGAGGUCCAGGGAUGUUCCUUGUUCAUGUUGUGGCGGUCCCGGGAUUGGACUUCCUGGGAGGCCGUAUCUUGGGCCACGACCCCCUCGACGUUCCCAAUCCGGAGGACAGGGUUCCCGAGGGGGUGUGGAUGAGGGGGAGGCAUGAUAUUCUCCCCGACCUGAGGUUGGAGGGGAACCAAAGUGCCGAAGGCACCCGGAUUCUGGGUGAGCGUCUGGAUGAAGGCGGAAAACGCCGACUGUAUGCUGAUAGUGAUGACCGGAGGGCUAACUUGGUUCUCGCUCCGGUCCUUCUUCUUGGCCUCGAUGCCGAGGCGGGCAUCGGGGGCAUUCUGUUGAAUCUGAUGGCGUAGGUCGACAGCCGUCUGGUCCAACCCGGUGAUGACGCCGCCCCCGGGAGCCCUGUUAGAGGCUUCUGGGACGUCGACUUCGCCGAAGGCCAGGUUCAUGUCCUCAACGUUCUUGGAAUUGGCACGAGUUGUCCUCACCAUUUUUGCUAGGUGUUUUGUGUUUGGAGAGGGGGAGGGUUUCUUACUUGAUUAUUCGACCUCUCAACGAGAGCACCAAAUGAUAGGUAGUCUACCCGGGGGUAUGUAUCCGAAGGGUUACUGCGGGAAGUAACUAGAGAGAAGUCAGAGCAAAAGUAAGAGAGAGAGAGAGUGUAUUGCUGAGAAUGUAAUGUGCGAAUAUUGCUUGGAUUACAAAUGGGGAAAAGGGGCGCUAUUUAUCGUAGUAAUAAAUGCCAGAUAGGGACACGUGUCAAGCAUCCAGUGGCCGAGGGGUCACAUCAACUGGUUGGCAUUGGUAGUCGCAUGUGGCCGCAUUUAAUGCGGCUGUUGGAUGUGACGUCGUACUUGGUACGGUGAUUCAGGCGCAUGUGGGCUACUCAUUUUCGUCGUUUUCUCCCAGUAACUUUGUUUGCUUGAGUUGGCCAUCCUGUGAGGAUUUGGAGCCUUCGGCCAGGGGGCUGAAGGCACCCCCAGUGUGCCGCGUGGGUUGCUCAAUACAUGGGGCGCUAUGAUUUGGGCCUGCCGUGCUUCCUGGGCUUAUUGGGCCUCCCUUAGAAUAGUAGGAGUCAAUGGGACGGGGGAUCCUGGGCCAUAUACUCCUUCAUGUGUAUUAUUUGAUUUUGGCACAAUAUUUAAUAAAUUGGUUGAUAAGGUAAAAGUUGUGGUUGGGAUUUGAGUAUAAUAAUGUGAAAUAUUGUGAACAACAUCUUUCUUUCCAAAAAGGGAAAUGUGACACUUAUUUUGGGACAAUCCAAAAAGGAAAAUAAGACAUGUAAACUGAGACGGAGAAAGUACGUUUUUGCAUUCGCCCUGUACAGAGGAUCUAUAUUUCCUUGACGAGUCUGAAUGUUAGCGAAGUAGCAAGAACGUAUCUCAGUGCGGAUAGUGUGUGUAAAGUAGACUCCACGACCGAUCUUAUGACAUAAUUUCAUACACCUGAAUUCCUAAAUAGCAUAAAAUUAUCAGGAGUGCCCAAAAUCACGUGUCUAGCUCGCUCCCUGAUCCGAUUUCUUUAACAAAGAUUUUUUGGUGUAGUUAGGGACAAUGUACUAAUAUUGUGCACUUUCCAAAUAUAACUGGACUGGUGGGAAACAAAGAGUGAGUGCAAAGGAGUUUUUGGUACUGGAUGGUUCACUCACUCUUUACUAUGAAUAUAAUGUCAUUGUCACUUGAUGUAAAAAUUGAACAUAAGCUAUAUGACUAAAGUUACUAUCGUAGUCACUAUACUUAAGAGGUCACAUUUUCGUAAAUAAUUUUUAUUUUAGUCGUAAUUAUUUCAACAACAAAAAAUGCAUGAAUACCUAAAUGUGUCCUCUGCAAUGGUAGAUGACCUAUUUGAAUAUUUUCGCAUAAAUUUAUAUUUAAGCAUAGUUUAAGAAUGACAUAACAUAUUUUCACAUAUUUGCACCCCCUGAUUUGCAUGUUUACAUAGGCAAUUCGUCUAACAAAUGCAAUUCGUAUAGAUGUAAAGUCACCCUAUUACUUAGUCAUUAUAAAUAAUUUACCUUCAACGUAACUAAACUAUAUAAACCAUUGAAUAUGGAAAAAUUCUUAGCUAAAUUUUACUGGAGAUAAGGAAUUUAAAAGGGGUUAGUGCGAGACAAUUCAAAAGUUGUUAAUUUUCCAGCAUUCCUUAACACAUUCAAUUAUUAGGUUGCCUCUCAAUAUAUUUUGGAUGUGAUGAUACCCAAACAUGGCUUAUUAUGUCAUGACUAUAAAUAAAAGUCAAAAAUAAUUUUAUCGUGUUUUUCGUUUAUUCGUUUAUUAUUGAGAACCCCUCUUCUUAGUCAUGGUCAACUUUAUGUGGUUAUCAACUAUAUGUGGUUAUGUGAAGACUAAAGAGUAAUAAUUAGUAAAUCAUAAUGUAUAUGUUUCAUUUCAAGUCAAAUUUUGUCAUUGUACAAAUUAAAUUCAUAAUGAAUUAAUGAAAAUUACAAGUUUAUUUUUUUAUUUUUAUUUUAACUAAAAUUAAUUACAAGGGUCAAAUUUCACCAACCGUGCAUCGCACAAGUGUUAAAAAUACAAGAUUAUUUUUGUAUUUCAAAUUUAACUAAAGUUAAUUACAACGGUUAAAUUUCACCAACCAUGUAUUGUACGAGUGUUUUGCUGAGUGAACAGGUCAAGGUAGCUAGAUUGAGUGUGUUUUGAGAAUAAAUGUGUAUAAAUGUAGUGUCAUUUAAUUAUAUAUAUAUAAUUAAAUGAUAAUUUAUAAUGAUUUAACUAAAAGAAAGGAUUUUAACAAGUAUUAGUAUGGGACAAAAGGUGUUAAUUCUUAUAAAUUCAUUUAUCAUCUUUAGAUGUUAUCUUGCUAUUCCAAUGUUAAUGUGAUAAUACCCAAACAUGACUUAUUAAGUCAUGACUAUAAACAAAAGUCAAAUGCAUUCGUCCUGUGUUAUGGAAAACAUUUUUUUAGCCAUGAUUGACUUUACAUGAUUGUACGUGUCAACAGUAACUACAAUAGGCACUACACUUAGGAGGUCACGCGUUCAUAAACAGUUUUAUUUUAGCCAUAAUUAUGUAAAUAUUUUAAAAAAUUAUAUGCAAAAAUACCAAAGUUUGUCCUCUACAAUAGCAGAAAGAACUAUUUGAACAUCUUUCCAUGUUUUAAUAUUUAAGUAUAAUUUAAGAAGGAAAAAUUGACAAGAAUAAUCCCACCUUUCACUGGUCUUCUCAUAAUAAUCCCACCUUUGCACCUCAUCUUCUUUCAUUGGACCCUGACCAUGUUUUUUUACUUUCUUUAAAAAUUAUAUAAAUAAUCUCACCUUUCAAUUUUUAAUUAUAUCCUUAUAAAUGUGAGAUUAUUUAUAUAAGAUUUUUAAAAAAGGUAAAAAAAACUUGGUCAGCGUCUAAUGAAAGAAGAUGAUGUGUAAAGGUGGGAUUAUUUUGGGAUUAUUUAAAGGUGAGAUUAUUAUGAGAAGACCAGUGAAAUGUGGGAUUAUUCUUGUCAAUUUUUCCAUUUAAGAAUGACAUAGCACACUUUCACAUACUUGCACCCCCUGAUUUGCAAGUUUACAUAGGCAAUUCGUCUAAAAUUGCAAUUCGUAUAAACAUGACUUAGUCAUUAUAAAUAACUUUCAAUUAGUUAAUAUACAUAAUCCAUGGAAAUGGAAAAAAUAUUUUCCCAAAAUUGCUUGUGCAUCGCGCGGGUGGAUUACUAAGUAACCAUUUUAUUAGAGGGAGGAUUUAAUAGGGAUUAGUGCGGGACAUAAGGUGUUAGCUUGCCAUUCUAAUUCCGGAUGCAAUAAUUCCCAAACAUAACUUAUAACGUCAUGGCUACACAUAAUGGUCAAAGACAAUCAUUUUUGCGUGUUGGUUUGUUGUUGAAAAACCAAUUUUUUGUCAUGGUCAAUUAUACAUGAUUGUGUCAAGAGUAACCAAUCACUAAAUGUUGAGAAAUCAAACUGCAAACGAUAACAGAGGAACGAAUUGUUCAUAAAAUUUAGCAUGGAACAUAACCAUUAGUAAAUCAUAUUGAAUAUGUUUCAUUUUACUGCAAAUUUGAAUAUUGUGCAGAGUAUAAUUCUAAACGAUUCAAUUAAAAUUACAAAUUUGUAUAAUUAUGUACACAUUUUAGGUAAAAAAAAAUCAUCGGUCGUGCAUCGCACGGGUGUUCUACUAGUGAAAUAAAUUAGAAAAAUACACCUUUAAUGAUGAAACGAAUAUGUGAUCAUUGAUAUUGCAAUUCCAAAUGGUAAUCGUAAUUAAAAUCCCAAUUUUUCUUGCAUGGAUGUUUAAAAUUAGAUUAAAAAAGGUUCAAUCUGUUAUACAAAGAUUUUUAAACAAUUGUUUUAACUUUCAAUACACAUCAUAAUCUAUAAAAUGAUAAUGGAAUAUUAAUAAUUAAAUAAUAUGAAUACAUGAUAAAUUAAAAACAUAAAUCAACAAAAAUAUUCAACUUCAUUUCCAUCAAAAUUCGAACUCCAAAAAUAAAUCCUAUUCACAAACCUUUGAAAAUUACAUGCAGACUUUAAUGGUGAUUUUGAACAAACACUCUCUGAUUGAAGAGAAAAACAACGAAACCUAUUCGAAAAUUUGAGACAGGUUUGUAUUUAGGUUUUGCAAGACAAAAACGGAAGCAAGCGAAUCAACAACUCGGGGCUUAACAAAAUGGGAUGGGUCUUUUAUAGUGGAGUUUUUUUACCUAUAUAGGACUAAUAGUACUUUUAUGUGCACAAAUAGGACUCUAAACGUGAGUCAUGUUUCGUAGGACUAAAAAGAACAUGAUUUCCCUUUUUUAGCCUCCACAUAAAGGUAGUUGGUAAUUAACGUGAGGGAAGUAUUUCGAAAAAUUCGGCCGGCAUCGUGAGGGGAAAGAGGGCGAAAACACAGGGAAACGAAGUGCGACAAUUAAUAUGGAAAAUUUUUCCGGCGCAAGGCUCGGCAAUCAAGUUUCAAAGCCAACUACCCAAGUAAGUCUAGCCAGUUACGCCAUUUCGAAAUUUCAAUUUCGAGGAGAACUGAAGCCUAAAACCUGGAAGAGAAGAACGAAGGAAGCAAUAGAAGUGCGACGAUGGCUGGUGACAAUGUCGCAAAACAGAUGCCUGGAUGACAGAGAGAGCGGCAUAGAGCAGACCUGGGGCAACUGUGGCAUGUACGUAUUGAAGAUUGCCGAGUUUUUGAUGAUGGGACUAGAUAUAAAAGAUAUCAAGUCAAAGGACAUGCCCAUGUAUAGGAAAAAAAUGGUCACCGAGUUGGUGUUGUACUACAACAAGAGGAUGGAAGAAGCUAAAAAAAGGGAAUGACUUUGAGGAUGACAUAGUGAAAGAUGGCAGAGUGAUGGAUGAGAUGAAAAUUAGUUGCUAUUGAAAACUUGCCUCAAAUGUUAAAUUGUGAAGAUUUAUUUUAUCUUUUUUUAUAAUGUUGACUUAAAAUGAAGACGUAGUAUUUUGGUUUACUGAUGUAGUAAAAUUUACAAUCUUAAUUUUGUGGUGGAUUGAAUAAUUGGUGGGAUUUGUUUUGAUAUGUAAACUAUUCGCUUGUUCGAAGUAGGUUAUGUCAUCUUGUUGGCAUUUGUGUAUGUUAUAUAUUACUCAAUGACAUGGCAGAAUAUGGUAG